UAGUGCAACGUUAGCUAAAAACCGUGCUUGUGUGUGUGGGAGUGGGUUAAAUCAGCCGCUUGUGUGUGAUUGGAAGUCGUUAGACACUUUCCAGCGCCGACUUAUCAGUAGACAUUGUUUAUGUUUAUCCAGAUUUCCAGCACGAUAUGCUAAAUUCCCACCUCACGCCCAGUCAGCAUGGAUCGCUCGAGUAUCGCCGCUCUGGUCAGUCCGUACCGCCGGCGUCCGGGUAUGACGGAGUUUGGUGCUGCCGCCCCGGCCGGCGGACAGGUGGGCCUCAAGGGCAUUGUCGCCGGCGGCAUUACGGGCGGCAUCGAGAUCUGCAUUACCUAUCCCACCGAGUACGUGAAGACACAGCUGCAGCUGGAUGAGAAGGGAGCAGCCAAGAAGUACAACGGCAUCUUCGAUUGCGUCAAGAAGACAGUGCAGCAGCGCGGAUUCCUGGGUCUCUACCGUGGUCUCAGUGUCCUUGUCUACGGCAGUAUUCCAAAGUCAGCGGCAAGGUUUGGCGCCUUUGAAUUCUUAAAGUCGAAAUCCGCGGACUCUCGGGGACAAUUGAGCAACUCCGGAAAGUUACUCUGCGGCUUGGGCGCUGGCGUCUGCGAGGCCAUUCUUGCUGUUACCCCUAUGGAGACAAUUAAGGUUAAGUUCAUCAAUGACCAACGCAGUGCCAAUCCCAAGUUCAAGGGCUUCGCCCACGGUGUGGCCCAGAUCGUCAAGGCGGAGGGCAUCUCGGGCGUUUACAAGGGACUUACGGCCACCGUUCUGAAGCAGGGAUCCAACCAGGCCAUCCGCUUCUUUGUGCUGGAGUCACUGAAAGAUUUGUACAAGGGCGAGGAUCAUACUAAGCCGGUGCCCAAGUUGGUGGUUGGAGCUUUUGGUGCGAUCGCCGGAGCUGCCUCUGUGUUUGGCAACACACCGCUGGAUGUGGUCAAGACGAGGAUGCAGGGUCUGGAGGCCUCCAAGUAUAAGAACACUGCCCAUUGUGCGCUGCAGAUCCUGAAGAACGAAGGACCUGCCGCCUUCUACAAGGGAACAGUGCCGCGUUUGGGACGUGUGUGCCUGGAUGUGGCCAUCACCUUCAUGAUCUACGACUCCUUCAUGGACCUUUUCAACAAGGUGUGGGUGUAACCGCUGCUGCAGGUCUUGCGACUUAGUUAUUUAGUUCAUCCCUUACCCCAAAACCCAAACUUGCAUUUCCUUCUCUUACCCAUUCACCUAGUCGGCUGUUGCAAUAGUUUCUAGUAUCGUGACAUAUUCCAAGAAAGCAUUUUAUAUACACUGUAUACUCAUUAUGCGUAUAUAGCUAUAAAAAUUAUACAGCUUGUUUUAAAUAUUGAAUUAAAUUUGAGAUGUCUGUUGGAAA